CAACAACAUUGGUGUCUUUUCCGGUCUUUCCAUUUUCUCUAGUUUGUGGCUGCAGUUGAAGUCGAAGGUUAAUCUUGCAAAGUUCUUUGAAAGUUCACUGAAAUAUUUGUUACCGUGGUUUUAAAUCAAGAGUACAAAACAGUUUGAAGAGAUGGCUGAUCAGGAAUACGAUAUGAACGGUGAGGAUUUCUCUCAAGAUGUUAAACCAAAUGAUGACGAUCAAAUGAAUGGUGGCCAAGCCGGUGACAACGGGGUGAACAAUGGAAAUGCUGCCGAGGCUCCUGGGCGCGACGAUGACAGAAAACUUUUCGUUGGCGGUCUCAGCUGGGAAACAACGGAAAAGGAACUCCGUGAGCACUUUGGACAGUAUGGCGAAAUUGAGAGCAUAAAUGUUAAGACAGACUCACAGACUGGACGAUCACGUGGAUUUGCUUUUAUUGUCUAUGCUUCGGCUGAUUCGAUUGACAAAGUGACAGCAGCCGGUGAUCACAUAAUCAACAACAAGAAAGUUGAUCCCAAGAAGGCCAAGGCUCGCCAUGGAAAGAUCUUUGUCGGUGGCCUGACAACAGAGAUCAGCGACGAUGAGAUCAAAACUUUCUUUGGGCAAUUUGGAAAUAUUGUUGAGAUGGAGAUGCCAUUCGACAAGCAGAAGAACCAACGGAAAGGUUUCUGCUUCAUUACCUUCGAUUCGGAACAGGUGGUGAGUGAACUGCUGAAGACGCCCAAGCAGACAAUUUCAGGGAAGGAAGUCGAUGUGAAGAAGGCCACACCAAAGCCAGAUAAUAUGCCCAUGGGAAUGAUGAGGGGUGGUGGCCGCGGAGGACGCGGUGUUCGUGGUGGUCGAGGAGGCUCAUCAACGUCCUCAUCAGGUGGUUAUGGACAAGGAUGGGGCAAUCAGGGCUACGGCGGCUAUGGCCAGGGCUAUGGCUAUGGUGGCUAUGAUAACUACGGAGGUGGAAAUUACGGUGGUGACUACUACAGCGGAGGAUAUGGUGGAUAUGGUGGUUACGAUUAUACCGGAUACGGAAACUAUGAUGAUAGAGAGAAAAAUGUGAACAAUAACUAUGGUGGCUAUGGCGGUGGUUAUGACGGAGGCUACGGGAAUGGCGGGCGCUCUGGAGGGCCACGGGGCAAAGGUGGAAACUACCAGGGUGGUAAACAGCGAGGUGGCGGCGGUGGACGUCAGCAGAGGCACCAGCCCUAUUAAAAAAAAAAAAGAAAUUACUUUGGGGCCAUCACAGCAACAACAAAAAAAAACAUUGUAGAGUCCCCCUGAAGCGUCUUUUUCUUCAUUUUAAAAAGAAAAACAAUUACUUUUAAGAGACAUAGCCCCUUACAAUUUAAAAAAAAAUAAAACAAAGCAUAAAGAGAUUUUUGAGAGUCUCUUGUGUAUUUCAUGAAUUACAAGAUUUAAAAAAAAAAAACAAGAGAAAGAAUAAUAGAAAGAGAAAUAUUAAUAUUUUUUAACGCCUAGAAAAAAGGAGAAGAUUUUAUUCUUCAGUCUCAUUGAAUUUUCUGUGUGUGUUGUACGUAAAAAAAAAACAAGGAGAUGAUAAAACAAAUAGAGUUACAAGAAAAUGUAGGAUCAAUAGGAAUGUUUAAUUUCAAUGUGAUUUCAUAGAUGAAAAAAAAUUGUUGAAUGAGAGGGUUUGAGGUUUUUUGAAGAAGAAAAAAAAACACAAGAAAAAUUUAACAGAAAUGACCUCUCUCUCAAGAGUUCAAUAUUUCUUGACCUCCAUCCAUCCUCAUCAUUCCAUUUAAAAAAAAAAGAAAGAUAGCGAAAUCGUUAAAUCCUGAAAUUCAUUUAAUUUUGAGUAAUUUUUUUUUAUAAUCAUCACUUCAAAUAAAAAUAUUUACUAAUUAACACUGAGUUUCCGCCCAAAUAAAUUUUGAUAUACAAAAAAAUAAAUAGAAAUUGAUUUCCCGGAUUUUCACUAAAAUUUUUAAACUUACCGCUACAUUUUAUAAAUGACAAUUUUUCUCAAUAAUCCUUUGUAAUAUUUCUCGAAAAACAAAAAAACCGAGUUGUCUUUCCAAGAAAAAAAAACCUCAAAAUAUGAUUCUCAUUUAAGAAAGAGUUUGAUAAACAUUAAGAAAUAGUGGAUGAAAAUAAUUGUAUUUUUUCUGCAUAAACAGAAUUUUAAUUCUGGAUUAGCCCAAAAAAACAAAAAUAAUCCAGAUUUUAUUGUACGAGAUGAAGAACAAUAAGUAGUUCACAGAUUUAGAAAAUAUUUUGUAAAAUCUUACAAUAUUUUUUUUAUGUUCAAGCUUAGAGAUUUUCAAUAAAGUCUAUUGAGUAGAGAAAAAAAAACUAAAGCGGAACUUGCAUCUGGCUGGGGUUUGGGUUUAAGUGUGCCCCAAAUAAAAAUCUGGAGUCCAAUUUGUGGGGGAAUGCCGAAUUAGCAAAAAAAACAAAAAGAAGGAUUUUUUAGGAAUAUUUCACACAAAUUUGUCCAUUUUACCUUGACAUUAUUCUCUGUUCUUCGCUAGCAUUUAAUGUGUACAAUUAUAAGGAGAAAAGAAGGAUUAGCCCGUAAGAUUUAACUUAAUUCUCUGAUACAACAUUUAGCAUUGGUAAUCAACUUUAAUUCAAACUAACAUGUACUUUGAGACAUAAUAAAAACCACCAAGAUA